AUGGACGACGAGGAGGACAAGGAUGAGGACGCAGGCGAUGACAAUGGCACAGCCAUGCCAACGCCAUCCAACGACGCCAACGACUCCAGUCUGAGGAACAUGCGCAAUCCCAACGCCAACCAACAGCAGGCCAAGCAGAAACAGCCACCAAAGGUCGACCCCAAUCCAUACCGUAGUAUGGGUGACGUCCAGAAGGAGUGGAAGAAGAAGCUAAAGAUGCUCAAUGAUACCGAGCAGACCGAGGACCUCAAUCUCGAUGAUGUGGCGCCAAAGCACGAUGACAAGGCCGAGGACGAUGGUGGUGAUGAACAAGAGUACCAGUACAUCCCCGAGGACAAGGACAACAAGGACAUCCAAUCCGAGCAGGCACUUGGCGCCGCAACCGACUCGCAACUCCAAGACAUGCCCCAGGAGCAAACCAAGGAGGGCACUGGAGAGGACGAGGACGAUGAUGACGACGACCAGAUGGACAUCGACAACGAUCAGCAAGAGAUUCAGCACCAGGAGCGUCCUGAGCCCAAGAAGGACGAGCCAGAAAACAAGAAGGUGUCCACAUUGUCCAAGAUGCCAAUGGCCGAGAAGAAGAAGCCAAAGGAUGAGGAGGACGACAAGCUCAAGGAGAAGGAAGAGGACGACGACAUGGACGACGACCUCAACAACACAAAGGAUGCCUUGGUCAAGGACAAGGACUCAGAGAGUAUCAUGCGCGAAGGUGGCAUCAAGGACGACGAUGUCGACAUGGACGACCAACAAGACGCCGACAACUCAGACAUUGAUGACGAGGAUGUCGACAAGAAGAAGCUUACCCGCGAGGACUUUGAGCAGAUGCGUCAGGACCUCGAGAAGUGGAAGAUCGACAACUCAAGCAAGCAGGAGUACGGCAGCGAACUGUGGAAGAAGUACGAGCAGCUCACCAACGACCUGUCGCAAGACCUGUGCGAGCAGCUGCGUCUGAUCCUCGAGCCCACACUCGCCACCAAGCUACAGGGUGACUACAAGACCGGCAAGCGUAUCAACAUGAAGAAGGUCAUCCCGUACAUCGCCUCACAGUUCAAGAAGGACAAGAUCUGGUUGCGUCGAACUAAGCCCAACAAGCGCCAAUACCAAGUGUUGAUCGCCAUCGAUGACACAGAGAGUAUGUCAAUCUACCAUUCCGGCCAGUUUGCGCUCGAAGCUAUGGUCAUGAUAUCCCGCGCCAUGUCCCGCCUUGAGGUAGGCCAGCUAGGCAUCAUGCGCUUUGGCCAAGACGUCAGUCUGGUGCACUCAUUCGACCAGCCGUUCUCGGACCAGUGUGGCGCACAGGUCAUCCCGCAGUUCACAUUCAAGCAGGACAAGACCGACAUGGUCACGUUCCUUGGCAAGUCGCUGCAGGUUAUGGAGAUGAACAAGCAGUCGCAGUCAGCUGAGCCUGCUGCCCAACUCUUGUUCAUCGUCAGUGAUGGAUGGAGUCUUCGCGAUCCCGAAGGAACCAAGAAGUGGUUACGAGAGGCAAGCAACAAGAAUGUCUUUAUCGUAUUCAUCGUCAUUGAUAACCCUGUCAACAAUCAUAGUAUUCUAGACUUUGAGUCAAUAUCAUUCGUCAAUGGCAAGAUACAAAGGAGCAACUACAUGAAUGAGUUCCCAUUCCCCUACUAUGUCAUUCUUCGAUCCCUUGAGAAUCUACCUCAGAUCCUUGGUGACACACUCAGACAAUGGUUCGAAAUGAUCAAGCAUAUCGAAUAA